AUGCAUGAUAUUCAAAAGCAAGAGCAUUUCCCACGUGUAUUACCUCAACGUCCAUACACCCUUCAAGGUCAAUAUCAGAAGGAUGAGAUGGCUCGUAUCGAUUACGAGAACAAGAAGCUUCUCAAAGCAAUUGAAACAAGAAAACCGACAUUAAAUCGUACUGAAUGGACACGUCACCGCUUAGAUCAUACAUACCAAAUCACUAAAAUGUCUGAAUUUAAGAAGAGUGUCCCUAUGAGUGACAUUGUUCGCGAAGAAUACCGUUCUAGCAUGAGCAGACCACAUACAACAAUGUCUAAGUGGGGAUCCCAGACAUCUCCAUCCAAAUCGGAGAAAUCCCAGACAGAACAGUCCGAUGAUUUCGCUGAAGAAGAAAAUAACGAACAAAAGGAUCUUUCUCUCAGAAAGGAAGUCAACGAAGCAGUCGAAGACGGCAAGAAGGAGAAAGAGGAACAAGAGAAGAGAGAUGAGGAAGUCGAAAAGGAGAUGGAAGAAAAUAACGAAUUCUCAUUAACAGGACAGGUCAACGAAGCCGUUCAGAGAGGCCAAGAGGAGAAGAAGGAGCAAGAAGAGAAGGACGAGAAGGUCGAAAAAGAGCCAAAGAAGAGAAAGAUGAACAGGAAAGAAAGGAAAAGGAAGAGAAGGAGAAGGAAGAACAAGUCGAAAAAGAAAUGUAACAAAAUAAGGAAUUUUCAUUGA